GUCAGUCUUUCAUGGUCGACCAUCGAGCGACCUAUCCCUCACCGCUACUGUCCGAGGAAGAUACAGUCAGAGACUAUCCGGGUCGAUGUCCUAUUCGUGCCAGGUGGCGUUGGUAUUCCUGAUGGGUGUUGGCCGGCUGCAAUCAGCCCCCAUUCCAACUCGCCCGGGGAAAGCGGCUGUCCGUGGACCAAUUCUGCGCGCUGGAUUCCCAGAUGCCCGAUUAAGCAAGGAUCUUUGGAGACAAGAAGCAGACUGCGCGACUCAAGGGCUUUGGCAGUAUCGCGUUUUCUCUUUUUCCAACUGUACACUGAUUUAGUUUACUCUGCAAGUAGACAGUUACUCUUAUCAAUUCGCCUUUUAUCUUCCUGCACAUCAUUCGUAAUCACCAAGAAGGUCAGGUCAAGUCACCAAAGUGAUUGUUGAGUCGUCUAACAUGUGAAACUUGGAAAAAAACG